AUGGAUUCGUCUCUCACAUGCCUACUAAGCUAUAGUUCUUCAGGGUUCUCCGUCCUCAUGUUUAUAGGCACCAUCUGGGCCCUGACCUACAAGCGUCGCGUGAAGGACGUCAAUCGCCUAAUCGCUGCAGUAGCCAUUAUGUUGUUGAUACUAAGUACUGCGCACAUGAUCGUAGACAUUAUCCGUCUUGAGGAUGGAUUGGUGAAGUAUCGUGACACGUUCCCAGACGGGCCCGCGGCGUUCUUCGCAGAUGUGUCCCAGAUAACUUAUGUGGUCAAAAAUGCGAUAUACAUAUUGCACACUCUGCUCGGAGAUGGAGUUGUGAUAUAUCGCUGUUACGUUGUUUGGCAAUCCGUUCGGAUCAUCAUCCUGCCAAGUUUGCUGUGGGGCUGUAGCGCAUUCACUGGGUUUUCUGCAGUCUACAGUGUUUCGCAAGCCACUAGCAAUGCCGGAAACAUCUUCACAAAGGCAACUGGACAAACUUUCUUUGCCUUGACACUUUCUACCAAUCUAAUUAGCUCAGGAUUACUGGCAUAUCGCAUCUGGAAGAUGGAACGUAACAUCUCUUCAGUGCGCACCUCAAACAGAACUUUGACGCCCAUAUUGCGCGUGCUUGUGGAUGCCGCUAUUUUAUACUCUGUGGUGCUCUUCCCUACACUUGUCUGUUUCAUCCUUUCGAACAAUGGGCAGUAUGUCAUGCUAGACAUGCUCAUGCCGAUCAUCUCGAUUGCCUUCUACAUGGUGCUCAUUCGUGUCGCAAUCAAUAAAAACGCUCACAAUCUCCUCUCGACAACUUUCCACAGUGGGACGACCAGUGAAACAGCACGAGAAGACUCACAGCAACAUCCUAUGAAACCUUUGCAGGUCCACAUAUCCCAAUUUACGCAGAGUGAUGAUACCGUGACGCAUGACGUAGGGCUUGAAGACCUAUCAUCGACCUGCGGGGUGGUAACAGUGGAAGAGCCUUCUGGCGCUGUGUAAUAUGUUGCAAUAUCUAUCGUCGCUUUUCGUGUUUGGGACAUAAUGCUACUAGUGGGCAGGAGUUUCACAAUCAUAUCUACAAUACACCGACAAUUUAGUCAUUGCAAGAUUUGUGUGUGCACUGUACGCACGCUGAAUCGGACAACACACAAAUAGUCGA